AUGCUAGCUCCAUGUGAGGAAGAAGUUGUCAUCAUUGUUGGUGCCGGUGUAUUUGGCCUCACAACCGCCCUGGAUCUUGUUCAGAGAGGCUACACGAAUAUUACCGUCCUGGAUCGCAUGGCGCCACCGGUCCCUGAUGGAAGCAGCUGCGACAUUUCUCGAAUCGUUCGCAGCGACUAUUCCGACCCCUUCUACGCUGCUUUGGCAAAAGAAGCUUUACAGGCAUGGCAAUCUGGGCCAUUUGCAAAGUUUUAUCACAACUCUGGCUUCGUCUUGACCUCGGAGUCUCAACCCGAUGCGUUUCUGGAAAAGUUGAAAGGUGUUUUGCGGGGACAAGACAUACCUUUCCAAAGCUUUCGCAGCACGGCUGAGCUGAAACGACAAUUCUCAUGUUUAAACGAGGUCAAAGAAGGGUUUGGCGGCUACGUGAAUCCAAAUGGAGGCUGGGCCGAUGCGGCAGGCGCCGUAGCUCUGCUGGCAGCUCUUUGCACUGAAAAAGGUGUCUCCAUCAUCACAGGGCCUAGAGGAACUGUGCGAUCUUUGAGAAUCACAAAUUCACGCAUCGAGGGCGUCAAUGUCGUCCAAGGGCCUCAUAUCAUUGGAUCGAGAGUGAUUCUUGCUACUGGCGCCUGGACAAAUGGCUUCCUGGACUUGACAUAUGCAAUGUCCUCAUCUGGACAGCCAGUGGGGUUCAUCCAACUGACACCGGAAGAAGCAGACAGUAUUUCACAAAUGCCGACCCUUAUAAACAUGACUACUGGGUUCUUUGUCUUUCCCCCGACCCCAGGAACACAUAUACUCAAAGUUGCUUGUCACAGCCACGGCUUCGAGACAAGGGUGCUUGUCGAGGGCACGAAUCGGACUAUAUCUGCUCCCAAACGGGACUCUAACAAUGCAGCUUCGUCCUUCAUCCCCGAAUCCGCAGAUUCCGCUCUACGACAUGGACUGAGACAGAUUUUACCAAGGUUUGCUGAGAAGCCGUGGAUGAGACGACGGCUCUGCUGGUACACAGAUACUCCUGAGGGGAAUUUUGUCAUAGACUACCAUCCAUCCAUUCGGGGGCUGUUCAUUGCUGCAGGAGGUGCUGGACACGGAUUCAAAUUUCUCCCGGUCCUAGGUCGAUACAUUACCGACUGUUUCGAAGGCAAGGCGUCCUCAAACAUUAGAGAGAAGUGGAGGUUGAAGUGUGAUCCCGGCGUUAGAGCUCCAUUUGUAUGCAACGACGGUAGCCGCAGAGGUCCAGAACGAAGAGUGCUAUCGAGAAUGGAGCAAGCUCGACUAUGA